AUGGGCAUCCUAAGAUUAGAUAUAUUUUCUUCAGAGUUUUUUUUCAAUAUCGGAGCUUUUCAAAAUAAAAGAGGCACUUUUUUAGGCUUGCUUUUAUCAAUUAUUGCCUUUUUUAGUGUGGUUUUAUAUUCCAUUUUUACUUUUAAUUAGUAUUUCAGCAAUUAAAUAAACCCAAAAUUUAGAUCUCAAAGCUUUAUCCUUAAUGAAAAGAAAGAAAUACCUUUAAGCUAAGACCUUGUUGGAUUUUAGUUUUACUAUAACUAAACUACAACAGUAGAUGCUUACCAAUAGCAGUAAAAUAAAACUUAUGUAGUUUAUUAUCCAUUUUUUUACUAUUAAGACAUUAAUAAUUAAGUAUUUAAUUACAUUAAUCUUGAUUUAGUUUAAUGCACUGAUCCUUCCUUAUAAGGUUUCAUUUGCAUUGAUUUUUCUAAUGUGAAUAACUAUACCUUGAUCCUUGAUAGUUAAAACAAUAAUUAGAUUCUCUCUUCAAUAAAUAUUAAUAUUUAUGGAUGUCGCGAUUUAGAUAAUGUGAAAACUACUAUUCCUGAUAAUUGUGCUGAAUAAUCUGAAAUAGAUGAUGUGAUUGAUGCGUAUGAAACUUAUUUCUAUUUGAAGCUUAAAACUUCUUAAUAUAAUACAACUUCGAAAUAGAUCUAAACUUACUACAGAAGUAUAUAUACUUACGUAUAAUCUUAAUAAUAUACAUAUAAUACUCUAAAUACUUAGAAGUAAGAAACUGAAGUAAAUGAAGGCUUGAUGUUUUAAAGCAAAUUAACAUACUCCUCACCAAUUCAAUAUAAUAUGAUAAGCUAAUAUUUUGAUAGGCAAAAGUCUUUAAAACAUGGAUUUGGCCCAUACCUUUAAACAACUGUUUAAAUGGAUGAAAUAGUUUAGCAAAUUUAAAUCUAAUAUCCUACAAUCACAGAGGUUUUAGCACUUAUAAACAGUAUUACAGCUUUGAUUAUUGUUUUAAGAGCUGUUGGAAGAUUUUACUCUUAAAGACUUAUUAAAUAAGACUUUUUCAUGCUUUUUUUUCAAAGACUUUAUUCGGAAGAAUAUAAAAAAAUACUAAAACACAACAAUCUUAUUGAAUAGGAUAACAAGAUUUGUUUUGUAACCCAAACUAAAGGAGAAGAAGAGUUCAAAGAUGAAAUUAUAGAAAACGAACUAAAUGAUAAACUUGUUCCUAAUUUCGAGACAAAAUUCAAAGAUCAUGUUGAAAAAAGUCAAAUUUCUAAUUCGAAAGAUGAACAUUCAAAUUUAUUUUCAAAGCAAAGCGAUUAGCAAGCAGAUGAAAUAUAGUUUAAAGAAGUUGAAAAUAAAAUAAAAAUUAAUUUUAUAAAUAAAAAAAAAGUAAAAAGUAAAUUUGAGAUAAGGAGUAAAUAUCCAGAUGAUUUAGCAUCAAGUAGUUUGAGUUCUAGUAGUUAACACAAAAAUACACCAAAAAGUUUAAGAUCAAUUUCAUGGAAAUAACAAAACUAAAUGUAAAAUUAAUUUUUCAGUUCAUAGAAAGUAAAUGAGAUGAAAAUAGACUCAAAUAUUACUGAAACUCUAGAUAAAAAUCAUCUGCCUUUUAGCAAUAGAAAAUAACUUUUUGAUGGAAAUUCUUAAAAAUACAAUAUAAUUGAAAAGAAUUCUCAAUUACAAGCUAUUAAAAAUUUAAUAUUUAAAUUUAAAUUUUUCAAAUCAAAGCAUCAUCUUUAGUCUAAAGGAGUUGAUACUGCUUUUGUAAAGAACUUAUAAAAUGAAGCGGAUAGAAGAUUAGAUAUCUUUGAAUUUUAUAAAGAUAUUCUUUUUUUGAAAAAAGCCAUUGCAAUGAUCCUUACUCCAGAUUAAUUAGCAGCUAUCUAAUAGAUAUGUCUUAGUCAAAAUUUUUUGAAUUUUGAUAAGAGGAGUAAUAGGUCUAAAAUUUAGUUUGAAUAAAUAAAAGGAAAGCUGAAUUACCUUGAAACUCAAUUUAGUAUAAUGGAAUGCGAGGAUUUGCAGGAACAAUAUAUUUAAAAAUUUUUUGAAAAACAAAAACAAAAUAAUUAAUAAAGUGAAAUAGAUUAAAGAAUAAUAUCAUCAAUUAUUAAAAAUUGA